CGGUGGAAUUCUGGUGUUUCUAUCUGUUUCUGUUCCCACUUCCCAUGCGCCGAGCGCCAUUUGAAUUCUGUAGAGUGAUGAAUUUCGCAGUAGCAGGUCUUCUUGCUCCUUCUCUAACUCCUCGUCUUUCUACCUCCAUUGUAAGCUCGAAUCUUGAUUGUAAUGGACGAUCCCCUCUGGAGGAUUCUGACAAUGCCUUGAAGCCCAAUCAAGCCGGGUAUAAAUGGCGCUUGGUUUUGGCCUAUGAUGGGACCAACUACGCAGGCUGGCAAUAUCAGCUGGCUCCCCCAACCAUCCAAUGUGUUGUGGAAAAUGCUUUAACUCGAGUUACAAAGCUAGAUAGGAAGGAUCUCUGCUUGGUUGGUGCUGGCAGAACGGAUAGAGGAGUUCAUGCCUGGGGUCAGGGUGCGCACUUUUUUACACCAUUCAACUAUGACAACUUGGAAGAGAUUCAUGCAGCUUUGAAUGGCCUUCUUCCUUCUGAUAUCCAAGUUAGGGAGAUCAGUCCAGCAUUGCCUGAAUUCCAUGCUCGAUUUUCUGCAAUAAGCAAGAUUUACCAUUACAAGAUAUACAAUGAUACCAUAAUGGACCCAUUUCAGCGGCACUUUGCUUACCAUAGUGCCUAUAAACUCAAUAGCACUGUCAUGAGAGAAGCUGCAAAAUAUUUUCUUGGGAAGCAUGACUUCUCUGCCUUGGCCAAUGCAUCCCACAAUGAUCGGGUUCCAGAUCCAGUGAAGCAUAUAUUCAGAUUUGAUGUGAUAGAUAUGGGGGCUCUUUUGCGGUUAGAAGUUGAGGGCUCAGGUUUCUUAUACAGACAAGUACGAAACAUGGUGGCUCUGCUGCUUCAAAUCGGCAAGGAAGCAAUCCCUCCUGACAUUGUCCCAAUGAUUUUGGCAUCUCGAGACCGCAAAGAGCUCGCAAAGUUCGCAGUAUCUGUGCCGCCUCACGGCCUUUCCCUUGUAUCUGUCAACUACAAAGAAAGUCACUUGUUACUUCCACCAGAUCGCCCCGCUAGCAGUUUUGGUAGGCAUCAUAGUGUUACAAAAUGCAAGCUUCCGUUUUAUUGACAACAUUUGGCAGCCUGUGAAACGUUGAUACUUCAAAAAUGGAGCCUCGUUAUUUGCAGAUAUGAUGCACACGAUUGCUUAUCUUGUGGUUGUAUCUGUGUCAAUAUAGAUGUUUCCAAAUCAGCAACAAGAAGAUCCCAUAUGUAGAAAUUACGUUUUGACUUGUACUUGAUUUUGGUGAGAACCUGGAGCAGAAAUUUGACUUCCGGGACUAUUUCGAUUUUCAAAGAUGUAAUUUCGAACGAAGUUCUUUACUAUUGUAAUCCCGAGAGUAUAAAGCUGUUGAGAUUUUGCCAAAUAUAAAGCUUUGACUUGCUA